AAGUCCGCGGUCACACUGGGCUAACACGUGAAACGCGCUCUUUGAUUUUGUUGAUUUUUAAAUGUUAGAAUGGGUUUAACUAAACAAUAUUUAGCGUAUCGGGCUAUAGACAGCUUUAAUAUAAUCACAUCGGGUCGCGCCAAUGUGAACUUUGCCAUCGUUGACAAAACCGAGGGGCGGUACGUGGCCGCACCUGCUGCCGAGAAUGUCAUCAUCUGGGAUUUGCGCAUGGGCGAUCGCAAGCUGACGCUGCGCCGGGAGAAGUUCGAGGUGACCUGCCUGCGUGUGUCGCCGGAUCAUCUACACAUUGCCGUGGGCUACACCGAUGGCAUGGUCCAGAUCUUUGAUCUCAGCUCGGAGAGGUACUACGAGGCCAUCUGCACGUUGGCCCUGCACAAGAAUGCCGUGAGCAUUCUGCGGUACGACCAGCAGGGCAUGCGCCUGGUCAGUGGAGGCUUGGACACAGAGCUGGUGGUCGUGGAUGUGGUGGAGCAGGCGGGUCGGGCGAGGCUGAGCGGACACAAUGCUGCCAUCACGGAUGCCCACUUUCUGCAGCGUGUGGUGGACCAGAGCAUUGUGGUGAGCUGCUCGAAGGACACACAGAUCAAAUUCUGGAACCUGGAGACGCAAUUCUGCUUCAAAACCGUCGUGGACAAUCGCACAGAGGUUUGGGCACUGGCCUUCAUCGGCGACCUGAUGGUGGCGGGAGCCAGCGAGAGUGGCAUGAAUGUCUAUCGCUUGAAGAAACACGACGGCGCUGCCAGCGAGCCCCUGGAGUCGGCCGUUGAGGGCCUAAGCAUAGAUGAUGAGGAUACGAUAAGUCCCAUAAGCGUCAGCAAUUGUGGGAUUAUCCAGCGAGCCGGCAAGGGCCGCACUGUCAACCUGGUCACGGACAGCAGCGAGCGCGUCUUGAGCUGCCACGGCACCAACGAUCUGAUUGAGAACUUUUACAUAUGCACGGCCGAGGAGGUAAAGCAGCGCCUGGCCAAGCGCCUGAAGAAGGAGAAAAAGGCGGCCGGCGAGGAUGACAGCGCGGAGGCGCAACUGUCCAAGCAGCAAUCGCUGAGCGAUGAAAUCAAGCGACUAGAGAGCAUCCGAACCAAGCAGAAAAUCAAGUCCAUCGAUGUGGUCCUGGGCCAGAGCAAGGAGAUGCGUGUGCUGGUCAGUCUGGCUAACAACAGUCUUGUGCUGCACUCCCUCGAGGCCUCGCCCAAGACCCGCAAAGCAGCCGAUCCUAGUGUGAAAGUUCUUCGUUCCCUUACGCGCCUGGGCCACCAGUCCGAGGUGCGUUCCGUAUGCUUCAGCAAUGACUCGCUGGCGGUUGGCUCCGGCGCUGGCGAAUCCUUCAAGUUCUGGGACCGCGACGCCAUGCAGUGCCUGCGCACAGUCCCAACGGACUACAUUCUGUGCUCCAAGUUCGUGCCCGGCGAUCACUAUGUGCUGCUGGGCAUGAAGAGCGGCAAGCUGCUCAUUGUGGACGUGGGCGCAGCGGACAUUGUCGAGGAGAUUCCAGCCCACGAGAGCGAGCUCUGGUCCAUUGCCAUGCUGCCGGAUCAGAAGGGAUGCAUCACGGGCAGCGGUGAUCAGACUCUCAAGAUCUGGACCUUCGAGCUGAUCGAUGCCGCGGAGGGAGCGGGCGAGACCAAGGUGCUGUCCCUGCUGCACAAGAACACCCUGAAGCUGGAGGAGACUGUACUCUGUGUGGGCGUCAGUCCGGACAUGAAGUAUCUGGCCGUGGGCCUGCUGGAUGCCACCGUCAAGGUCUUCUUCCUGGACACCUUCAAGUUCUACCUGUCGCUGUACGGCCACAAGCUGCCCGUGCUCUGCCUGGACAUCUCGUACGACUCGAAUUUGAUCGUCACUGGGUCGGCAGACCGCAACAUCAAGGUCUGGGGCCUCAACUUUGGCGACUGUCAUCGCUCAAUCUUCGCCCACGACGACUCGGUGAUGUCCGUGCAGUUCAUACCCAAGACGCACAUGUUCUUCAGCUGCGGCAAGGACGGCAAGGUGAAGCAGUGGGACGGCGACUCCUUCGAGAAGAUCCUCACAUUGCCGGGGCACAUAGGCGAGGCCUAUUGCCUGGCAGUGUCGCCCAAUGGCCGCUUCCUGGUCACCUGCGGCUCGGAUCGCACACUGCGAAUGUACGAGCGCACGGACGAGACAAUCGUGCUGAAGGACGUCCAGGAGGAGGAGCGCGAACAGAUGGAGAAUGAGCAGCUGGCCACGGGGGAAGACAACAGCGUGCCGCUGCUGCCCAGCCUGAAGAUGGCCUCGCGCAAGACGGUGGGCUCGGAGAAGGCGGCCGAGUCCAUUCUGGAGUGCCUGGAGAUAUCGAAGCAGUUCGAGCUGGAGGCCGAGGAGAAACCGGAACUCCACCCCCUUAUGCACGCGCUGCAGGUGAAGAAUCCCGUUGACUUUCUGGUCAACACAUUCAUGCGGAUACGCGCAUCCGAUCUGGAGGAGGCGCUGCUCCUGCUGCCCUUUUCCGUUGUCUGCGAGCUGCUCGAACGCCUGCCCAUCCUGCUCACCCAGCGACCCGAUCAACUGGAGCUGCUCUGCCGCGUCACCAUAUUCCUCUUCAAGGUGCACAUGAAGCCCAUUUCGUCGACCAAGAGCAUGAAGCCUCUGCUGCUGAAACUGCUCACAAUGCUCAAGCGGGAUGUCGGCCAGCUGCGGGACAUUCUCGGCUGGAACCUGCACGGCCUGGCGCUGCUGCAAACCGAAGUGGAGCAACGCGAGGGCGUCCAGCUGUUCAGGGACGCGACACAGGCUCGUCGCAAACGCGACAAGAAGCGACGGGAGGCGAGCAAGCGGCGACUACAGAUCCAAAUGGUCUGAGACGUCGCCCCCUGCAUGGAAUCCUUUAGGCUUAGGUGUAUGACUCCAAAUAAACAAUUUUAGUUAUUUUAUGAUACUAAGUA